GCCAUGGCUGCUGCUGAGAGACCCGUAAAGGAUCUCUGCGAUGAAUCCACUUGCUCCAUCUGCCUGGAGUAUUUCAAGGAUCCAGUGACCAUCCCAGAGUGUGGGCACAACUUCUGCCGAGGCUGCCUGAUCCAGUGCUGGGGGGAAUCGGAGGCAGAGGCUUCCUGCCCUCAGUGCAGAAGAGUUGUCCAGCAAAAUAAUCUCAUCCCCAACCGGCAACUGGCUAACUUUGUGGAAAUAACCAAGAGGUUCAGUCUCCAAAGCGGGGAGGAGGAACAAGGAAAGGGGAGAGUUUGUCAGAAGCACCAGGAGCCCCUGAAGCUUUUUUGUAAGGAGGAAGAAACCCCCAUCUGCGUGGUGUGUGACAGGUCCAAGGAGCACAGACAUCAUGAGGUGAUCCCUCUGGAGGAGGCUUCUCAAGAGUACAAGGGAAUAAUCGGUAACUGCUUGGAGAUUCUGAGGAAAGAGAGAGAAACAAUUCUGGAAUAUGACGCAUACCUGGAGAAGGAAAGCCAAGACCUCCUUAAAUUAACAGAAACUGAGAGGCAGAAGACAGUGGAGAAAUUCAGACAACUGCGCCAAAUUAUGGAAAAACAAGAAAAAUGUCUGCUGGAUGAGAUAGAAGAGAUGGAGAAGGAGAUUGCAAUGAGAUGGGAUGAGCACCUGGCCACACUCUUUGGAAAUAUCUCCUCUCUUGAAAGUAUCAUCGAGGAAAUGGAGGAGAAGCGCCAGAAGCCAGCGAGUGAACUCCUGCAGGAUGUGAGAAGCACCUUGCAGAGGUAUGAGAGAAGAGAGAGACUGGCAAAUGCACUUUCUUUCCCUCUAAAGCUAAAACGGAAGACCUGCAGAUUCUGUGAUACAAAUCUCCUUCUGGAGGACAUCGUGAAAGAAUUCAAAGAUGCGAUGUUCUUCAAACUACAGUUUCAGAAAGCAAAUGUUACUCUGGAUCCAGACACAGCCCAUCCCAGCCUCAUCCUGUCCAAGGAUCGGAAAAAUGUGACAUUGGGAGGCAAAAAGCAAAAGCUUCCUGACAAUCCUGAGAGAUUCAAUACCUUUCAAUCUGUGUUGGGACAUGAGGGAUUCACAGAAGGCAGACAUUUCUGGGAAGUCACUGUGGAAAGUGGUGAUUGGUGGGAUGUUGGGGUCGCCAGGAAGUAUGUGAGACGAAGGAGUUGCUUCUCCUUAAGCCCUGAGGGAGGGUUCUGGGCUUUGGGGAAUUGGGGAGGCGAGUACUGGACCCAUACCUCCCUUGAUUCUUCUCCUCUGUCCCUGAGUGAGAAGCCCAGGAAGAUCCGAGUGACUCUGGACUAUGAAGGGAGGGAGGUGUCUUUUUAUGAUGCUGACUCAGGAGCCGAACUCUACGUGUUCUCAGGAGUCUUGUUCUAUGGUGAGACCCUCAUCCCUUUCUUUCGUCUGAGGGGAAAUAAAACCCACCUCAGGAUCUCCUGAGGAGACUAAAUCUCCCUCACAGGCCCAGUUGGAGUUUGUCUCCAGACUGGACUGACUGAUAUAAAAAUAAGCAUUUACCUCUCAAGAG